GGCAAUCGCCAAUCCCUCCUCCUCCUCCUAUAUAUUCUCGCCCUCCGUCCUUCUCCGUCCUCCAUCACCUCUACCAGAGCCAGAACGCAUCGAGCAAUCACCAGCCACUGCAUCUCGUCGGCAAUGGAGGAUUACCAGCAGGUGCAGCAGCAGCAGGGUGGCCGGGCGAGCAACAAGAUCCGGGACAUCGUGCGGCUUCAGCAGCUGCUCAAGAAGUGGAAGAAGCUGGCCACGGUGACGCCGUCGGCGUCCGGCAGCGGCGGCAAGGGCGGCGGCCGGAGCAGCGUGCCGAGGGGCUCCUUCGCCGUGUACGUCGGCGAGGAGAUGCGGCGGUUCGUGAUCCCCACCGAGUACCUCGGCCACUGGGCGUUCGCGGAGCUGCUCCGGGAGGCCGAGGAGGAGUUCGGGUUCCAGCACGAGGGCGCGCUCCGGAUCCCCUGCGACGUCGAGGUCUUCGAGGGCAUCCUCCGCCUCGUGCAGGGGAGGAAGAAGGACGCCGCCGCCGCCAUGUGCGACUGCUCCUGCUCCUCCGAGACGGAGAUCCUCUGCAGAUGACGAGGCCGCUCGCCUGCUCUGAUUCUCUGCGCUUUCUUCUUUUUUUUCCUCUCUCCUUUCUCGGGUUGGUUCUUUCUUUCUUCUUGGUUUUUUGCUGAAGAAAGGAGAAGAGGUUGCGUUGCACCGAUGAUGAGAUCUGUAAUCUGUACAACGAUGGGAGGAGAUGAAGGAUUUUUUUCUUCUAGAUCUGAACAAGGAUCUUUUUAUAUGUAAGACAAACUAAAAGAAAAGCUUUGAUCUUGCAGUU